GAUUGGUAUAAAGGGGUUGUAUCACGUUGUUUAUCGAAUUACUUGUUCGGUAUAGCGCCAUGACAUAGGCCAACCUCAACCUUACCUAGUCUUCCUAGUCUUCCUAAUCUUAGUUCUUCUUUUCCCGUCUCAUCGUCGCACUUUCUACAACAAAGUCGCGGCCCUACCAUUUCUCCUUUCGCCCACCUGCUUCUUUCCGAGAACACACAGGACACGGCGACACCUUCUCACCUUUUAUGUUCCCUUGAUUUCUAUCCCUCUUUCCCGAAGUCUAAUUGAAAUCGGACCCACAUUAUGGACGUGGAUAUCUCAUUUUCUUCAACAUCCGAUCUUUCAGAUCCUCCUUCUUCCAAUCCGCCGUCUUCUCCGCUCUCUAUGCUUUCGAGAUCGCCAACAGUAUCACCGCGAACAUCUAUGUGCUAUGAAACUAAUCGCCUGCCAUCACCACCUUCGACGAUCACUUCCUCCGGGAGCGCGUCGCCAAUGAAGUCCUCCGAUCCUGUCUCCGUCGGGGAUGAGAUUCGUGUAAAUCCUGAUGGUCCUCCACCUACCAAGCGACGUCGUGUCGAGCGCAAGCCCCGUACCACCGAAUAUCUCGACCUCAAAGCCGCCUCGGAGCAAAAUGAGAAAGAUGAGCGAUUGCUAGAGCAAUUGACGGCUGCCUUGCGUAAAAGGAAGAAGAUUGUCAUAAUUGCUGGUGCGGGAAUCUCUGUGUCUGCUGGAAUUCCCGACUUCCGAUCCUCCACAGGUCUAUUCGCGACUCUCCCUAAGGAUCAUAAACUCAAGGGAUCUGGUAAACACUUAUUUGACGCGUCUGUCUACAAGCAUGACUCCACUACCUCGUCCUUCCACACAAUGGUUCGGGAUCUAUCGCAUCUUACGAAGAACGCGGAGCCUACCCCGUUUCACCAUUUGAUAGCUUCGUUGGCUAAAGAAGGUCGCCUACUACGCCUCUACACACAAAAUGUGGACGGUCUGGAUACGUCCAUGCCGCCGCUCACCACAAAUGUCCCAUUGAACACCAAGGGCCCUUGGCCCAAGACGAUCCAGCUUCAUGGCGGUCUGGCCAAGAUGGUCUGUUCCAAAUGCAGCGAUAUAAGCGACUUUGAUGGUUCGCUUUUCGAGGGUCCGGAAGCACCCCUCUGCAAAGGAUGCGAAGAAACGGACAACGUACGAACUUCCCAUGCCGGCAAACGUAGCCACGGCAUUGGAAGGCUACGACCGCGAAUGGUUCUUUACAAUGAAUACAACCCGGAUGAGGAAUCUAUCGCCAAUGUUGUCCGAGCCGAUAUUCGAGCCCGACCCGACGCGAUUAUCGUGGUUGGUACUAGCAUGAAGAUUCCCGGUGUGCGCAACAUGGUCAAAGACAUGUGUCGUGUAACAAGAGAACGAAAGGACGGAAUUACCGCCUGGAUUAAUCUCGAGCCUGAGCCUACCGGCGCCGAUUUGAAGAACUGCUGGGAUUUGGUCGUCCAAGGCAAAUGUGAUGAUGUCGCCUCAUUAGUCCAUCUGCCCCGUUACGACGAGAGCAUUGAGGAGACCGUGGUUGUUGAUGAGAAGAAAUACGCAGAAAAGGUUCGUGGCGUUGAGCUUCAGGUCGAGAUUAGAAAAACUGCAUCUGAGACCGACAUGUCUGUCAAGACAGAAUCACGUGACAUCACACCAGUUGAAGCGAAACCACAGUCCAUUGGCAACGUUCAAGGCAUGCCUACACCUUCUGCUAGUCCUAAGGUGCGAGCAGCGCUGCCUACAGCCAAGCCCCAGCCUAAGCAAAGCAAGCUUGCCUUCCCUACUAAAGGCGCAUCUACAACUACUACUUCAGCCCCCAAGGACAAGAAGAAAGCGACGCAACGCAAGCCCAGACAAAGCAAGAAGGCAGAGCCGAAGCUUCCCAAGGCUACUAUCAACACUACCUUUAAGGCAACCAAGGCGUCUACUGUUACCUCUUCCAAGGUACCGGCCAAACGUGAACUCGAAUCGGAGCCUGAACUAACUAUCUUAUCCCCCCGAUCGGUUAUGCGCGAGGAAUUCUCACUACGCCCUCGAAACAAGCCUAUUAAUGAUUCUACCGAACCCCAGAAGACGACCGAGAUAGAAACACCCACGACUCCUACGCAACUAAAUCGCGCGACAUCUCCGAAUACAAUAUCACCCACGUCUAAGCCUCGAGGCUUCGCAGCCUUGAUAGACUAAAUCUAACCCCCCAUAAUGGACUUUGUACAUAAAUAAUCCGUGCCGGCAUCGGCUGGAAGAUACCAACUUUGCAUUGGGGCGUAUUCAUUUCUCGAGGCAAGCCCUCCGGAGCAUUU